GGCCAGUUUCAGGGUCAACCUCCAGUUGUAGAGGAGUGAUCUGGUCCUCCUGUUCUCCUCCUCCUUCCAGAGGAGGUUUCUAUUCCUCCUCCCUUGUAAUCUCUUUUUCUUUGGAUCUUCUGAUGCCUAAACCGUCAGUCGUCUCGUUUUUGUGCCUUUGAUCUUCAGCUUUUCCUCAGAAUUCCAAGAUUUUGCUUUUACUUCUAACAGAUCUUCUGUCUUCCCUUCUUCAUUUGGAUCACUGUGUUCAGUCAAUCAUCCAAGAAACCAGACAACUAACAGACAAACCAAUAACCAAGCAUGACAGACAAACCGGGCAUGCCAACGGGUGGCGGAGAUGACGCAGGGAGCAUCAUGGCGUUGCUGGAGCGUGUGGCGGGCCUCAUGGACAGUGUCCAGACCACACAGCAGCGCAUGGAGGAACGUCAGCUGGAGCUGGAGAACACAGUGAAGACCAUCCAGUCCGACGUCGUAAAGCUGACCAACGACCACGCCAACACCAGCUCCACUGUCGACCGGCUGCUGGAGAAGACGCGCAAGGUCAGCCGCCACAUCAAGGACGUCAGGGUGCGCGUGGAGAACCAGAACAUCAGGGUGAAGAAGGUGGAGGCCACGCAGGGCGACCUCCUGGCCAAGAACAAGUUCAGGGUGGUCAUUUAUCAGGGUGACCAGGAAGUGAAGGCUGUUACACCAGGCAACGAGCCAGCAGAAGCCAGUGGCAGCGGCGGCGCCAGAGCUGAGAUAGAACCGGACAAGUUCGAGCUCCCUCCAGAGUCGGACGAGGAGUACAUGGUGGUGGAGGAGGCGGACUCCUCGGCAGCCGGCCGCAUGAAGAAGACGGGCCUGACACGUAUCGAGAGCUUCAAAGCCACAUUCUCCAAGGAGAACAUGAGCAAGACCCGCGAGAACCUCGGCACCAAGGUCAACAAGUUCGGCGAGCGCAUCGUGACGGCCGAGAGGCGCGAGAAGAUCCGCCAGUCCGGCGAGAGGCUGAAGCAGUCGGGCGAGAGGCUGAAGGAGACCAUCACUAAGAGCGUUCCAGCCAAGCUCAACCUGAAGAAGGAGAGGACUGUGGCGGAGGGCCAGGAAGGAGCCGAGGGUGCCACAGAGGGAGCCUUGCCCGUCCCUCCUCCCAAGGGCCGCAAGGGCGGCCCGGACGCCGCCAAGGCGGCUGCAGACGAGGGCAAGGCAGAGGAGUCUGAGGUGCCGAUGUACGACAUGAAGCAGCUGUCGUAAACGGUGAGACAGUGACGAGAUCUGGGGCGUUUUCUUUGGACUACUGAGACUACACAGAGGGAGGGGAAGAGGUUUUUCUCUGCUACCGAGCAGAGCUGCAAGAGCGACGACAGCCAAGUUUAACAUUUGUUUGAAAGUUAAAGGAAGUGAGCAAAGAACGGCCGGUCACAGAUCCAAACUGACUGAACAUCAAAACAACAACCAAACUAACUCCUGAAAUCACUGAGGUCAUUUCAUAUGCAGUUACGUGUGUUCUGGACGUUUAUUAUCACAUCAGAAAAUAUAUCUAUUCUUUUUUUGUUUUGUGUUCAAUAAACACUGACUUUGGAAAAUAAAAGAACGAGUUCCUCCAUGAAACUCUUCACAUCAUCA